AUGGUCUCUACCAAUACCUUCACAAGCUCAGCAGGCAGCGCGAACCGCACCCGUACCACUACGACCCCUGGCGUUGCCUCGCCUGAGCACUUGGCAGCCGUCCAACGCCUCGUCUGCUUUGAGGCUCGCUAUGACCUGGACGAGGCAACGCCAGGGGUCGUAGUGGUACGGGUGCGGUAUUGGUAG